CUGCGCAGAUGAACUAAUCUGUAUACCAAAUGGAUAGUAAAAUCGCAUUAGCGUGCGUACUUUUACCCGGUUCACAUGUACACCGACCACUGAAACUGUCAAGGGUCUGCGCAACACUAAGCAAAAAAACCAUGCCAGAGAAUAUAUCCUACUACGCAGAGCACCAACUGCUGCGUAAUGACGGCAUAGACUGGCGUCCCAGCCAGAAAAGAGCAGACACCGACACAAGAGACAAGCCUGGAUAUUAGAAGGGGGGGAAGAAAAAUCAGAAAUCGCUACGUAUAAUAACAGAAAACUAAAGACAUCAAGUGUCACAGCCGUCUGACUGGCCUAAAAGGCUAAAUAAGGCUACAGGCGGUGUGACAGGGAGCAACUAAUAUCAGAUUGUCACGAGUUGGUGAUUUUCCCCCUCUCCCCUUCCCUACCCCAACCCCCCUGCCCCCCCCGUCGUCCUCCAAACAAAAAUGGAGAACCAUCACGCCCACUGCAUGAACUGCAUCAGCCGGAGGUGCAUGACCAGGCCGGAGGCCGGCGUUUCCUGCGACCUCGCCAGCUGCGCCCUGGUGUGCGGCGCGGUCUUCCACGGCUGCAAGGCCGACGAGCACCGGCUCCUGUGCCCGCUGGAGAGGGUGCCGUGCCUCAACAGCGGCUUCGGCUGCCCGUUCACCGUCACCCGCGGCAAGAUGUCCGAGCACCUGGCGGUGUGCCCGGCCAGCGUGGUGUGCUGCACCAUGGAGUGGAACCGCUGGCCGAUCAGCGACGCCGACCGCACGUCGUACGAGAACCUCAGCCGGGACGUGGACGAGGUGGAGCAGCUGGACAUGGCGCUCGCCCUGCAGGACCAGCGCAUGCUCCUGGAGUCGCUCAAGGUCGCCACCAUGCUGUCCAAAAACGGCGACAACCCCCCCGGCGGCGAGAAGACGUGCGGUCCCGCGGCCCCCCCCCCCCCCCCCCCGGGCUGCCGGAAUGAGAAAAUUGCCAACGGGAUAAACGGCCUGGACGAGGAGUCGUACAGCGAGCUGUACCAGGCCACGGUGGAGACCAGCAGGACCCUGGUCGCCGCGCUGGACAUCCUCAGCAGCGCCACCAAGGAGAUGGACACGCUGAACGGGGGCGUGCCGGCCGACGGGCGGGGGGAGCCCAACGGGGGGUUCCACGGCGGGGCCGAAGCGGAGGUUCCGGGCUCGGGGAACGUCGACAUGAAGGGAAGCGACAGCGAGUCGGACUGCGAGCUGGGAGCUGUGGGCGGGAUGGACCUGGAGGCGGCCGCGGGGGAUGACGAGGACGCCCCCGACGGCGGGAAGACGUGGACGAAGCGCAAUGGCUUUUUGGAGCCGGAGAACGGGGCGGAGGAGGAGGAGGACGGCGUGUUCGGUUUGCUCGAGAGGGACGAGAAGCCGCUCUGCAACGGCUUCCACAGCCCCGGGGACGAGCCGGACCAGAUGGACCUGGAGGUGGCCGGGGAGCGGCGCCCCGAAACCAACGGGUCGUGGGAGGUCUUCCGGCCGGCGAACGGGGCGGAGGCGCUGCUCAACCGCUCCGUCGCCGUGGCAGAGCAGCGGCCCUCCUGCUCCCAGCCGCCGCCGCGGCUGCCCCUGCCGCUGCCCAUCCCGCUCCACGACAUCGUCCCCAACGGCGGGGCGUACCCGCUGGACCUGGAGGACCGCUGGCUGGAGCGCAAGCUGCAGAACCUGCAGGCGCUGCGGGCCAUGGGCUCCUUCGCCUUCAGCGGCCGCCGCGCCCUCUACGCCGACUCCCUCCGCGUCAAGAUGGAGGACAAGUCGGUGGACACGUCGGACCUGGAGGUGGCCGACGACCCCAUGGGCCUGCACGGCAUCGACCUCAUCACCGCCGCCCUGCUGUUCUGCCUGGGGGACUCGCCCGGCGGCCGCGGCAUAUCCGACAGCCGCUUCGUGGACGGCUACCGCAUCGACCUGGGCACGCAGACCUUCUCCUUCCCCUCCGCCAUCCUGGCCACCAACACCAUGGUGGGCGACGUGGCCUCGGCCUCGGCCUGCGACCACGCCAGCCCGCAGCUGUCCAACCCCAGCCCCUUCCACACGCUGCGGCUGGACCUGGUGCUGCAGUGCGUGGCGCGGUACCAGACCAAGCAGCGCUCCAUGUUCACCUUCGUGUGCGGCCAGCUCUUCCGCCGCGACGAGUUCUCCUCCCACUUCAAGAACGUGCACUGCGACAUCCACGCCGGCCUCAACGGCUGGAUGGAGCACCGCUGCCCCCUGGCGUACUACGGCUGCACCUACUCGCAGCGCCGCUUCUGCCCGUCCACGCAGGGCUACCGCAUCAUCCACGACCGCCACCUGCGCUCCUUCGGGGUGCGGCCGCGCGGGUCCGCCCCGCCGCCGCCGCCCUCGCCGUCGCCAUCGCCCUCGCCCGGCGGGCCGCCGUUGCCCGGCAACGCCUGCCGCUUCGGCACGGACUGCGACCACCUGAGCGGCCUGCCCUUCGAGCUGCUGCAGCACGUGGCCGGCUUCCUGGACGGCUUCAGCCUGUGCCAGCUCUCCCGCGUGUCCCGCAUGAUGCGGGACGUCUGCGCCAGCCUGCUGCAGGCCCGGGGCAUGGUGGUCCUCCUGUGGGAGAAGAGACGCUACCCCUCGGGCCCCUCGUCCUGGCAGAUCAAAGACAAGGUGUGGCGGUUCAGCACGGCCUUUGGCACGGUGAACGAGUGGAAGUUCGCCAACAUCACCAGCAUGGCGGACCACCUGAAGAAGUGCAAGUUCAACACGGUGGAGCGGCGGGAGGAGGCCGUCCCCCUGCCCUGCAUGUGCUUCACCCGCGAACUCACCAAAGAGGGGCGGUCCCUGCGCUCCGUCCUCAAGCCAGUAUUAUGA